GGUGGGGCCAAUGUAGGCCGGGGCCGCGCGGGCGGGGCCGGGGCGAUGGGGAAUCUGUUCGGGCGCAAGCGGCGGAGCCGGGUCACCGAGCAAGAUAAGGCCGUGCUGCAACUGAAACAGCAACGGGACAAACUAAAGCAAUAUCAGAAAAGGAUAUCACUGCAGCUGGAGCGGGAGAGGACUUUUGCUCGGCAACUUCUAAAAGAUGGCAAGAAAGAGAAAGCCAAGUUAUUACUGAAGAAAAAACGGUAUCAAGAACAACUGCUGGACAAGACAGAAAACCAAAUUAGCAACCUGGAACGCAUGGUCCAGGAUAUUGAAUUCACGCAAAUUGAGAUGAAAGUGAUUGAGGGUCUGAAAAUCGGUAAUGAGUGUUUAAAUAAGAUGCACCAGGUUAUGUCAAUAGAAGAAGUGGAAAGGAUCAUGGAUGAAACCCAGGAAGCUGUGGAGUAUCAGAGGCAAAUAGAUGAAAUACUGGCUGGCAGCUUCACUACAGAGGAUGAAGAUGCCAUCUUAGCAGAAUUAGAUGCCAUCACUCAGGAACAGAUUGAUCUUCCAGAGGUUCCGUCAGAGCCCCUCCCAGAAAAGAUUCCAGGGAAGGGGACUGAGGCGGAGAGAGAGAGAGACCUUGGUAGAGAAACAUCGCCGAUCAGAGUCAAACCAAAGCCAGAAUUGGUGGCCGCAUCUUAACUCCAAUUUCUGGGGGAUCCCUGCAAGAAAUUCUGAAAUCACAGCAUGCCCAGGAUGCAAGAGGCUUCCAUGGUGUCCUGUUGGCCUAAACAGCCAUGCUGAAGCAGAUUUCCUGCACAGAAUGGAAGCUGUAACUGGUUUAAUAUCCCAUAUCAACAUUAUUUUGUAGUAUGCACUCCUCCUUUUUGUAACUUAAACUGGAUUAAAUGGUGACUCUCAAA